UGCAAAUGCCACCUUAGCCUAGGGCUUGUUUCAUGCGGCAGUAGCUUGCAGAACCAGAAGUCACGACCUGGUAGUCUUUGGUCAAGUCUUGUCCUCGCCGUAGUAAAGCACACAGUUUGCUUUGUUUGCAGGCCCGCCCAUCCUUGUGUUCACAUGAUAGUCGACACUCGAUCACGAACACAACAACAGUAGGUGUCUUUGUUUCUUUCACAACGCUUCUCACCAGGGAUACAUGUGGCUCUUGACCUGCCAUCUCACACCAAACAGACAUGGAGAGUUCAUGGAUCUCUAAUGCGCUUCCUCGCUAUUCUCCCUCCUCUAUCUCUCCGGAGAGUCGACGCCGUAACAAGAAUCCUCGAUGGCGCACGCCCUCUCCCAUGUCUGCCUCGGCCGUCCCUCCGCCUAUCGUGAACAGCAUCUACGUACCAUCUUCCCAACCUUCCGCCAGCCACACCAUGCAUACCGACGACAACCUACUGCUCUUCCGAAGGAAACAAUGCGAGCUUGAAGCUCAUCUACAACUGCUUCUCGAUGCUCAGGCCGAUGCUCUCCUCUCUGGUCUGGAUACCCCCCUUACCGAAGACGAUGCUCUCUCGACGGGUUCUAGCACCCCGACCGCCAGUGCCCUGAAUUCAAAGUCUCGUCCGUCUACGAAACCUGAAAAGAUCGGCCUUCGCCAUGCUAGGGUCGGACUGUAUGCUACCAUCCGUCGCCUGGCCCAGUUGAAGGCGCAAGAAUCACAAUACCUGGCUCCCAGCUUAGACCACUUCGCUUCCAUCGUUGAUCAACUCGACGUAUGGCAGAAGAAGUCGAAUGCCUUGCGUUCACGUGCUAAUCAGAUCCGCUCUGGAGACGAUCACAAACGCGCUCUCGACUUGCACAAACAGGCCGACGACAUGCAGAUUGAGAUUUGCGAACUUGAGGCUAGACUUUCGCGCUUGAAAGGAGACCAGCGCAAGUUGAGAGCUGAAGCACAAGAGAUAGAUAAUACUGUUGAUGCACGCCUGACAUCUUACACGACUAGUCUUGCCUUGGUUGAAGAUUCUGUACGAGGCUUCCUCCAUGAUGCUUCCUCGAGCCAUCGGAAUGCUAUCAUCAAUGUCAUCGACAUGGAGCGCUUCUGGCAAGCAUCACCUCAGAAUCGCACUCUGACAUCUGCAAAGGGUGUGUUCAGUCGUGAGCGAGACUCAUUGCUCGAGAAGCGUCGCAUCAGCGACACCGAGCGAGAGGCUCUUGAAGAAGGUGCUAUUGUCUGGAGAGAUGUCGUGAAGCAAGUUUCCACAUUUGAGCGCACACUUGCCAGAGCCAUGUCGCAAAUGAGUAAACAGUCGCGACCACAGUCUGACUCUCCCACAGAGACGAAGGAACUACUCAACAUGCUUGAGCAAACCACAACAGAGCUUGAAAGUAAACAUAAGCUUGCCGAGGCGCGCAAUUGGAAGCUCUUAGUCGCGGCGAUUGGCGCCGAGCUUGAGGCCUUUUUGAAAGGGAGGCAGAUCCUCGAGGCUGCUCUCGCAUCAGUCAGUGGUGAACCGGAUGCUGAGGAUUCGAAAGGAACGUCGAGCAGUUCUGGAUAUUUGGAAGGCGCUCAGACACCCAGAGGUGGCAAGCAUGAUGGAGGUGAAGCAAUCCGCGAUUUGGACAAGGCUUUCGCGGCAAAACGUCCUACCCCUAGCAUUUCGGACACAGAUACAGAAGACGACGGACCUGAUCCUGAGCUCCUAGUAUCGCAUCAGGAUACAGAUACGGAGUAGUGAAUUGUUUGCGCGUCGUGGACUGUGA